AUGGCCGAAGUUGAGACGCCGCAGCCCGUGCCUGGCCCAGUUUCCGAUGAGAACACUGCGCCCUCUUCGGACGAGAUCAAGACGGUUUUCCACGACGUGAACAACUUCAAUGUCAAACAUCCUCUUCUCAACAGCUGGAGCCUCUGGUUCACGAAGCCCCCCUCAUCGAAAGGCGACAACUGGAAUGACCUUUUGAAAGAGGUGAUUACAUUCGACACGGUUGAAGAGUUCUGGGGAGUUUAUAAUAAUAUUACCGCAUGUUCCGAUCUCAGUCACAAGUCCGAUUAUCAUCUCUUCAAAAAAGGCGUUCGACCGGAAUGGGAAGAUCCUCAGAACAAGCACGGAGGCAGAUGGUCGUACACGUUCAAGGACAAGAAGGCGGUUAACAUCGAUGAGCUAUGGCUCCAUGUGCAACUUGCGGCAAUCGGCGAGACGCUCGAAGACGAAGGUGACAAUGAGAUCAUGGGAGUCGUCGUCAAUGUGAGAAAGGCAUUCUACAGAAUCGGACUGUGGACGCGUACCACUGGGAAGGGUGGCGGUAAGGACACCUUGAUGAAGAUUGGCACACGGUUCAAGGAGGUUCUCCAGAUCCCGGCCAACGAGGCCAUCGACUUCUCUGGCCAUACCGACGCAGCGCAUGCCGGCAGCACCCGAGCAAAAACGAAGUAUACUGUGUGA